GCAGCAUGAUAUCUCAGAUGGAGGCGGUGUCCGACGCGCUGAGCGAGAGGCGGUUCAACCUGAGGAACGAGCUGCGCACGCUGCAAGACGAGAACGUCCACCUCCAGGGGGCGCUGGCGCACGAGCGGCGCAAGUUCCAGGCGCGGAACCGCGGCGGUCCCGUCUUGCACGGGGGGAGAGGCUUACCGCUUCCGCCUCCGCUGCCUCCUCCUCUCCCUCCGAGGCGUGAUAGUGUCGCCCUCUACAGCCCGAUGCGUGGGCUCUUAUGCUCGCCGAUGCUGACCAGGUACCGACCACUAAGCGAUAGUGAGUCGUCCGUGAUCGACUUGACGAAUGACGGCAUGGCGAGCAGCGCCUCCUCCAGCCGAGUGGUUGCCAGUGUGGGCAGCGGUCCCGGUCCCUCUGCAACCGCCAGAAGGGGGCGUGGGGUUUCCCGAGCUUGGCGGGGCGGAAGCAACACAAUCGGCACCAUGACAGGCUUGAGGCGGUCCGGCGGCUGCUUGAAGAGAAGCCGCGGCUCCGCCAACAGGUCGAGGGCGCGGCGGCCACCGAGAACGUCAUCGAACUUCUGCGAAAACAAUGCCGGCUCGAGCUUACCAGUCAUCGUAGCUACGUCGGGCGGCGCACUUACGAUAAGCACCCAGGACUCGGCGUCACCGCCUACACCCACGCCGGAGGAGCCAGGACAACCGUUCCAGGAACGGGACGACCCAAAUCAGAACAACUAGCGCAUUCCUCCGAAGCGGAACGAGAAAUUCGCGAAAAAAAAAGACCGACAUCAUUCGUGCCGAUCGACUCGCCCGUAGGCUGAAGUGCGUUCCGGACGCCACCGAAUGCAGCCGUAUUGUCGAAUUCAGUCACGCAUUCUUUUUCUUUCUGAGCCCAUAAGGGAUAGCGUAUAAAUAGCAUGCUCUAUUUGUCUAUCAGAACAGGCAGCUGGCGUGGCGAAUUCGACAAUGCGGCACAGCUCGCCGGUGUGGUGCCCAUGAUAUGAACCAAGCUGAAAUACGUAUAUCAAGUCGCCAUGUGUCCCAGUGAACGUUACCGUUUUGGUAAGUGGUGUUCACAGGAAGUGUUCAUGCUUGGAACUGCGUCAUGGACAUCGGUGCAACGCGUCAGGCUGCGUGGAUGAUUCACUUCACAGCGUCACCAGAAAAUUAUAGCGACAAUUCGAAAACGAAUGUAUAGAAAUAGUAGAUAUGCACGCGAUCCAUCGUUGUGUAAUGAAAAAAAUGCAAGGCGUACCUGGGUGAAGAAACGAAUCAGCCUUGAGAUCACUUACACUCAGCACUCUUUUCUUGACCUACAAGGCAUCUUGGCGUGUCCUAGUGCGUUCGCUUUAGGCUGCGAAACAUCUGAAGGUUAGCGACAGGUGCGAUAUGAAAAUUUGCUCCAUCGAAAGUGCGUGAUACACACGGCGCUGGACAAUACAACUGCCCACCCAUUCAGACUGUUUCGGGCGUGCCUAUUAACCUAUUAACUUAGCAAAAAAUUAACAAAAGCUUGUGACUUUUGUUUUAUUGGGGCGUAAUUGGAAUGUUAGCGCGUUGCUAAUUGGAAAUGACACAUGCACUCUUUGGCUGAAUGAGUGGAAAGAUUUGGCAAUUUCGCAAUCUUACCGGCUUUUGGUAAUGUUGCCGACUAGACCAACUGUACGCCAUGAGUUGCUGAUAUUAUUUCUCUCUGUAAGGAACAAUAUAUAUCGAGUGCGAAAUAUUUUAUUAAUUUAUUCACUUUAAUAUAUCUGUAGCCUCCAUAUCGCCACAUUCGUGUCUAUCGAUGGCACCAAAUGUCGCACGCGGAUUCUGCUGCAGAACGCUUGCAACAAAAAAUGUA